AUGCUAAACUCCAAGCGCUCGCAAACGGUAGUGGACAAUGACAAGCAACCUUCUUGCAGGCCUGUGCAUCCGCUCCCAUACAGGACCAUAUACCAAGAGCUCAUUUGGAGUAACCGGACUGUGAUAGCCGCGUCGUCAGCUGCUGUGGUCGGUGUUGUAGCUGGAUAUCCAUUUGAUUCUAUAAAGACACGAAUGCAAACCGAACCCUAUGACUCAAUUACUGCUUGUGUCCGACAAACGUACAGGGAAGAAGGUGUACGAGGCUUUUUUAGAGGUGUAUUACCGCCUUUGGUGACCGUGAGCAUCAUCAAGUCAAUCUCGUUUUCAGUGUAUGAAGAAACCAAGACCUUUCUCAAAGCCAAUUAUCCGUUUUUUGCACGUGAUGACAAUCUACGAUCGGUGAUGGCCAUGUCAACGUUGGGCGGUGCAGCUAGCGGUGCCUUUGUUGCCACUUUCAGCUGUCCUUUUGAGCUUGUCAAGAUCCACAAGCAGCUGGAGAUUCUUCUGUUGCAGGCCAGCAGUAUAUCAACAGGUGCUACUGUGAUGCGUGAAAGGAACAACAAGAGCAACAAUAUUGGUGGUGGAUCAUCCAACAACCUGCCAACCACGUCAAGUUGGCAUUCAGCCAAGGAAAUUGUGCGCUCCAAGGGCAUCUUAGGAUUGUGGUCAGGCUAUGGCUUACACUUUUUGCGGGACACGUUGGGUACUGCUGUCUAUUUUGGUGGCUACGAGACAACCAAAUUUCUACUUUCUGGUCCUGAACGAACAGCGGGUCCCAUGACACAGUUUCUGGCAGGUGGCAUUUGUGGCAUCUUAUGUUGGUUGGCCGUGUUUCCUAUUGAUCUUGUCAAAUCAUUGAUGCAAAAGGAGGUGUUAUCGCCAUGUCGCAAAUACAGGAGUACCAUGGAUUGUGUUAAAGAUAUCUAUCGUUCCAGAGGUGCAAGUGGAUUCUAUCGCGGAAUUACUGUGACCUUGAUUCGUGCAUUCCCCAUCCAUUCGCUCAACUUUUUGGUCUAUGAGCAAACAUUGCUGCUUGUCCGAUACGCCUCCAAUCAUACCCAUGAACAUGUUUCAUUGUAA